AUGUUUGCCGACCAAUGGGAUGGACACAAAAAGGUGGUUCAUUUGAUGGAAGAACCGGGUUGUACAGAAGACUUCUCUUCCUUUCUUCGUUUUCUCUACUGUAAUCAUGUCAUUCUACAUCCACAGAAUACUCUACCAAUACUCGUUCUCGCUGACAAAUAUAAUGUUCCAUCCCUGAAAAAGGUAUGCCAAGACUACGCGAUCCACCGAAUUCUCCCGCAUUUAUCGUUGAAAGAACUGUACACAGAAUGGUUCAGCUAUGCAACAAGGGCAUAUCAUCCGCCAAUAAUCCGUGCCUGCAUCUCGUCAAUUGGCCAUCAAUUCGAGACAGUAAUCGGCGAAGAAUGGCAAUCAGAAUGGGAAUCGGCUGAUGCUGAACAGAUCGAACAUAUUUUGAGGCAUAAUUCGCUAAUUGUAUCCAAUGAAUUCAUCGUCUGGAAAGCAGUCCUCCGAUGGUUGAAUUCCCCUUCCCACCCCGAAAGAAGAGAACCGAUUACGGUGGCAAAACUGAUGAAUAACCUACUGCCGUUGAUUAGAUUCCCCUUCAUGUCCGGCGAGGAACUGGCCGAGGUAGAAGAGGGCGAAAUGCCGGAGACAGCCCGUUCCCUCCAUCUACCAUUCGUCAAUUUGGCAUACAAAUAUCAGGCUCAACCGCUGGCUAGGAGGGCUCAGGCAGUCGAAUUCUCCGGCUGUCAAUUCCUGGUCCGCCUGUAUUCUGACGUGCGUUGGACAGCCCGUAUCAUCCUCAGUCGUCAUGAUCUCGACAGUCGUACUCGGCCAGAGAUUAGUUCCUCGUUUAUGACCCGUGCCUCUGCUAUCCAGAAUGAUGGAUGGAAGUGGUCCCUUAAAAUAAUCGGCUCGAAUUACGGUGGUGAUGAAACUAAACGAGUGAUAUUGGUGGCUGAGGAAAUUGAUCAAGCGAGAUCCGUCGAAUACCUGUUUACGAUUUGUGACGAGAGCAAAGUGUUGCGUUCGGUGGCCGGCAGGAAGAAUUUCACAAAGUCGAGAGAUUCAACAGAGCUGAGCCUGAAGCACAAAGGAGCCGAGUUGCCGUUCCACGAGGUAAUCCGCGACCCGUCCCUUUUCGUCGAUGCAAAUGAAUUGCAUAUCCAACUGAUGCUCAAACCUAUCGAA